AAUAACUAAUUGAAUAAUUAUCUCAUACGCAUGAGACACGUGGAUGUGGCAUCUCUCUCAGGCAGAGCGGUCAGUCCCCUAGAAUGCUACCUACGCAUUUUUUAGGUUAGGCUGAUUGAACAUAGAAAGUAUUUACACAUUCCAGUUAGAACUGUGUCUGAUAGUGGAUUAUGUAGACGUAACGACGAUUAUGUCGCGAUAAUAACGAUUCUAUGUACCUAGUAUACGGGUGUCACUAUUGCUGUGAAGACGUCACAAUGAUUUUUAAGUAAGCAUGGAAUCGGUACAUUGUGAGGAUUCCUAUUGUAUACCUACUUAAAAUACCACUGAAGUGUUAAAACUGUAAACAGUGCAUCGUGUGUUAACUGUGUGUAUUGGCGUCGUUUGAGUUGAUAAGGACGGAUUUAUUUUCAGUCGAUCGUCUACAGCCGUGUCGUGCAGUAGUUUGUUUACAUUUUUAUAAGAAACGACGUAUUCACUUAAAAAAUGAGUUGCAAAACAAAGGAAACUGUACCGAUCGUGGAGUUUGUCAAAGAUGAACGUGUAGAGAGAUUGUUUGGGAUAUUUGUUGAACAGUUUCAACGCUGCCCAUUAUUUUAUGUACGAGUGCCGGGUCGCGUCAACAUUAUUGGAGAACACAUCGAUUACUGUGGCUACCCAGUGUUGCCCAUGGCGUUGGAGCAAGAUAUUAUAAUCGCAGCAGCAACAAUAGAUGCACCGGAAAUUAAAAUACGAAAUGCCGAUAGUAAAUACGAUGAUGUAAAUAUGGAAAUUGAUAAAAUAUGCGAAAUAGCUCUUGAACCAGAUGUUACCGGUAAGCCGUUUUGGUAUAAUUACGUGAUUUGUGGGAUUAAAGGAGCGUUGGAAUAUUUGGAGAUGUCUGAUGAGAAGAUAUCAAAAUGGAAGGGCCUGUUGAUAUUAGUGGAAGGUGACAUUCCACCAGCAUCUGGGCUAUCCAGCUCAUCAGCUUUAGUGAGCGCUGCCUGUUUAUCUUUUCUACACGCCCAAAAUGCCUCACUUUCCAAAACUGAAAUUGCCUCUUUAUGUGCUAAAUGUGAAAGAUACAUCGGCACUCAAGGGGGUGGCAUGGACCAAGCUAUAGCAUUCCUCGCUGAGAAGAACAGCGCGCAGUAUAUUACGUUUAAUCCACUGACUGCUUGCCCCGUAGCUCUCCCAGAAGAUGCUGCUUUUGUUGUCGCCCACAGUCUAGCAAAAUUAAAUAAAGCAGCAACAAAUGAUUUCAAUCGACGUGUAAUAGAGUGUAGGCUAGCUGCUAAGAUAAUAAGCGUUCUUGAAGGUAUAUCUCAAGAUAACAAAAUAAUCACUCUUAGUGAAGUACAAAAUAUUCUCGGUAAUAGUUUGGAAGAAAUGGUAUCACUCGUAAACAAGUACCUAUCUAAAGAUUUAUACACUAAAGAAGACAUCUGCAGUAUUUUGAAAGUCACUGAGCCAGAAAUGGAAAGUUCGUAUCUGACCUCGAAUACGAGACAUCUCACUGAAUUUAAGUUAAAACAGAGAGCUUUGCACGUGUAUGAAGAAGCCAAACGAGUUGAAGAUUUCCGUAAUAUCUGCAAUAUGAGCACAUCGAAUAAAAAUGAGCAUUCCAAUGGGUCAAACGGCAAUUGUCAUCGAAAUGGUGAUAGCAAUGAUGAAACUCUUAACAUCCUGGGUCAACUAAUGUCCGACAGUCAUGACAGCUUACGAAAGUUAUAUGAAUGUUCGCAUAGCAAUCUGGACACACUUGUUGAUAUAUCUAAAGAAAUGAAUAUUCAUUCCCGGCUAACUGGGGCAGGUUGGGGAGGGUGCGUCGUCGCAUUAUGUCCCAAAAAUCAGACACAAGAUUAUAUCGACUUUUUAAUUGAAAAAUUUUAUGUCAAGUAUUGUAAAAUUGAUAAAACCAAAGCCUAUAAGCAUGUGUUUGCUACAACGCCAAAUUACGGCGCGAGAAUUUUUACUGAUAACAAUUUAAUUAACAACACGAGUUAGGCAAAACAUCAAUAAUCUAUUACUACAUUUAUAAGUUUUUAUAAGUCUAGUAAUCGAUUUCAAGAUUAUUGAUGUGCAUUUGUUUACUUUAUCGUAAAUAUAUAAUGAGUGUUUAGAUUAUAAAGUCAAAUCAUUAUUAUAUUAUUAUUUAUUAUUUUUAAUUUCAAUAAAUAAAAUAUAAUUAUGCAGUAAAAAUAACAUUCUCGCUAUAUAUCAUUGUUAUUGUUAUUUUAACCAUACACAAUUUAGUCAUCGUCCAUUGCCUCGUUAGCUUAUUUAUUUGUAAGUUUACCUAGUAUUAUCUUUGCAUUUAUCUAAACAAUUAAAUAAAUAGAUUUAAUGCUAAAAAGAUUUUAUUUCUUAUUGUCCAUGUUUGUCAAAACGUAUUGGUCACCCUCACUGUAGCCAAAUUUUGAUACAACUUAGGUUAAAAAUAAUCUUAAUUAUAUGUGCCAAUUUGUUAAUUUCUUAAGAAAAAUAAAUGUCUAAUCAAACUUU